AAGUACUGCGGAACUAUUUGCAUUUCAUUCGAUAUUUUCUCAGUGACCGUUUUGGAGCCGAACAGUUACUGUCACUGAAGCAGAAUGAAGAAAGAGCAGGUUGCAAACUGUCAGUUCUCGGUUUGGUACCCUAUAUUUAAGAAACAUACGAUUAAAAGUUUGAUUCUUCCAUUACCUCAGAAUGUGAUUGAAUACUUACUGGAUGAUGGGACCGUGGUAGUACAUGGAAGUGAAGACAGCACACAACAAACUCAAACAAACACUGCAGACGGUGAGGAAGAUCAGGAGGAUAUCCAGUGGUCGGAUGAUGAGACUACAACCACUGUCACAGCCCCAGAAUUCCCGGAAUUCAAUGCCAAAGUGCAGGAAGCUAUAAACCUCCUUGGGGGCAGUGUCUUUCCCAAACUGAACUGGAGUGCUCCACAGGACGCAAACUGGAUUGCCUUGAACAACACCCUGCAGUGCCAGAGCCUGCGAGACAUCUUUCUCCUCUUGAAGAGCUCGGACUUCAUCGCUCAUGACUUCACCCAGCCGUUCCAUCGUUGCAGCGAUGACUCUCCAGACCCAGAGAUAGGCUAUGAGCUUGUGCUCAGGAAGUGGAGCGAGCUCAUUCCAGGAGGGGAGUUCCGCUGCUUCGUCAAGGAGAACAAGCUGAUCGGCAUCUCCCAGAGAGAUUACACCCAGCACUACCAGCACAUCUACAAGCAGCAGGACCAGAUCUGCAGCGCCCUCCUGGACUUCUUUCAGGAGCACGUCCAGUACAAGUUCCUGGAUGAGGACUUUGUUUUAGAUGUCUACAGGGACAGCUGGGGCAAAGUGUGGCUCAUCGACCUGAACCCCUUCGGGCCAGUGACAGAUUCCUUACUCUUCACUUGGGAGGAGCUGACCUCUGGACACGAUCUGAUGGCCGAUCAGACUGAGCAGGGGGACGUUCCUGCCUUCCGCUACACCACCAGUGAGGUGACGGUCCAGCCCAGCCCUUGCCUCAGUUACCGGAUCCCGCGGGACUUCGUCGACCUGUCCACAGGCGAGGACGCGUACAAGCUCAUUGACUUUCUCAAACUGCAGAAAAGCCAGCAAGACGAAUCUGAUGAGGAGGCCUGAAUAAUCGGAGAAGGGAGAAGAUAAAAGACUGAGCUUUUAUAACAAUAAUAAUAAUAAUUAUUAUUAUGAAUAAUAAUAAUAAGUACAGUCUAAUGUGUAAUGGCUUCCGUCAGAAGUAGAGUGCAGACGCUGUAUGCAUGUUCAUGAACAGGUUAUUUUGAAAGUACACACAGAAUCACGGCUGGUGGUCUUUUAUCAGUACCAAUGAGGCUACUAUAUGAGUAUUUAUUGAAGUCUGCUGAGAUGACAGACAUAUGCAAUAUUCAGAGGUACUUGCUUUUGCUGUAAUUUAUUGGAUAUUUUCACAUUGCGGGUGGGAUAGCGUUUGGCGGUGUUGCUUGGGUAAAAGAAAACAGGCGGGUUUUGAAGUUGGUUUGUGCCCCGACACAGCCGAACAGUAAGGCUAUGGGCCGGAGCAUGUUUUUGUAAGCUGUGUUUAAGAGACGCCUGAGGGGUCCCAGCAGGUCAUCGGCUGUGUGUGACUGCAGUCUUCACCAGCCUUGAAAACAAACAUGGCCGUCAGGGCUCCGGCAGUCAUUUCUCUUGAUUAACACAAAGAGAAUCACAUAAAAUGAGCUGCUUGCUGAUUUUCAUUUGGGGUGGGGGGAGCAACACCAAAAAGGUCAGUUUGAGUUCUUUUGCACCAGUAAUUCAAUAACACUGCGAUAGAUUGACGACCUUUCCAGGGUGUAUUCCUGCCUAUCGCCCAGUGCAUGCUGGGAUAGGCUCCAGUGCCCCCGUGACCCUGACCGGGAAUAAGCAGGUUAGAUAACGGAUAGAUACACUUACAUCAUUUAUUCAUUAUCAUUUAUUUGGGUACCAGCAUGCUAUUUCAGUGAUACGCAAUUAUACACAGAUCUUUUCACUUUUUGUUUAAAACAUAAUUAAAAAAGGAAACAGUUUCAAUUCCAGCAGUCCUGUUACACCCUUGGGGUUGUCUUGAUGUUUCCAUGUGUUGUGUUUUUAUAUGGGAGUAUUUUUGGUGAAAGGCCUCUUGCAUAUAGUGAUUAUGUAAUUAGUGAGUCCAUAGAAGGGGGAGCUAUUAAUAAAGCAUACAGCUCUACUGCGUUACCUGUACUGUCUACUUAUGAGUUGAGAACCUGAAUUCAUUUUUUAUAAAGGCCAGUAAUGUAGAAACAGUGGCUAGAAUGUAAAUGUGUUUUGCUCUGGUAGAUUAUUACAUGAAUGCAAUAAUAAAUCCAUCCAAACUUUGCCAUAUUUUAAAA